AUGUCUGAUCGACGCUCGCAUGGUAGGCUUCUUGGUCGAAUGGGGCCGUGGUGCCGCCGCGCAUGUGGCUGCAAGCGCUACAGAGGCGGGAUCGAUCGCUUGACCAUGACGUUUAAACAUCCUGGCCUUGAGACCGGCUUCCUGAUUUCAAGAAGACAGCGGUUGUCCGAGUGGUUAUCGUUGAUGAUUAUUCUGACGUUUCUCAUGUGCUUAGGUGUUGCUCAAGCGCAAGGCUUCUGGAACCCAGACCAGUACCCGACACACGCUUCUGCUAAACUCAGCGUGCGUCAGCCGAUACUUUUCCUCAGUGGAAUGAUGGUUGUGGCAGUGGUGCUAUGCGUUGCAAAGGUGCUGGCUCGCAGCAGGUUGUCACAUCGCAAUGUGAUGUUAUACAUGGAGUUCGGCACGAUUUCGGUGAGUUUGAUCAUGAUGCUGGUGACAAUUGGCAUGAGUCGCUACUACCUCGCGAGAAUGUCGGGGUACGAAAACCCCGAAGAAGUGUGGGGCUGCGACCUUGGAUAUGUGGACGGCCUGAACCUGGUCCUCAUGAACCUGCUCGUGGCGUGUGGGCACCUGGCUCCUAUCCGCUGGGCGUGCCUGCUCCCGCUGGAGUUUGCGCUGGUGCUCAUGUUCGAGCUGCCCAUCUACGUGUGGGGCAGCCCCGCUCCGGAAGCGGUCCCGUUCUUCACCAUUUGCGCGGUGUGCCUGUCCGUCAUCGCGGCCGCGGGAAAGCGGCAGAGUGAGCUGCAGGAGCGGCUCAUCUUCAAGGCCCUGCUGGCGGAGAAGAAGCUGCGGUUCGUGGCCGAGCACGAGCUCGCCAUGCAGCAGGAGCCGGCCAGCGCGAUCAGCACGGAGGUCUCCGCGCUUGGCGAUUCCCGCCCGGAGACGACCACCACGGCGCUCGCCUUUGAGAUGGACCAGUCUGGCAGCUUGAUGGAGAUCCGUGCUAUCGGUAUCAGAGAGCAGUGGCUGAUCGAGGACUCCGAGGUCAAGACGCUGCCAGACCGAGUUCUUGGCACAGGUGGGUUCGGCCGCGUGGUCGCAGGCCUCUACCACAACACGCCCGUUGCCGUCAAGGUGCCCCGGCAGGACAUCGAGAUUGACCUCUUGCACGCGAGCCUCCCUGCGCUCUGCAACGAGCUGCGGAUCCUCCGCCGGCUCCGGCACCCCAACAUCGUGUUCCUCUACGGCGCCACCAUUUGCGAGCACGGCGCCUCGUGCGGGCACAGUGCUCCGUGCACCACCUCGAUGGCGUCCCCCUCCCUCGGGCUCUGCCUCGUGCUCGAGCGCGUGGACGGAGUGUCCCUGAGGCAGUUCAUCACCAGGGAGGGCGGCGGAGGGGAAGCGCUGGGGCAUCCGACCCGGAGCAGCAUCACCGUCACCGGCGAUCGGGCGCGGAUUGUGCUCGACAUCCUGAACGCGCUGCGCUAUCUGCACUCGCGGUCCCCCAGAGUGGUUCAUGGCGACCUGAAGGACUCCAACAUCUUCGUGCAGCAGGUGUGCCUCAACAGCGGCACCACGACGCGCGCGAAGCUGCUGGACUUCGGCCUCGCGCGCCUGCUCACUCGCUCGGCGCAGCCUCUGGGCGGCACCAAGCGGUGGAUGGCCCCCGAGUUGUUCGAGAAGAACAGCGUCCCGCCAGACGGUGCAGCGGAUGUGUACUCGCUCGGCCUGCUGAUGUUCUUCAUCGCGACGGGAAGGGUGCCCUUCGAGGACGUUCGCACCAAGGAGCUGGCCCGAAAGAGGGCCAAGAAGCGCCCGCUCCACCUGUCCUGGCCCACCGACGGCCGCGGCGAGCUGCAGAGCCUGCAGUGCUGGUGCAUCGCGUCGGUGGAGCGGUGCACGCAGGUGUGGCCGGAGCAGCGGCCGGGCGUCGAGGCCGUCUGCGACGAGCUCUCUCGAGGGCUCGGCACCUUAGGGGCUGGGGCCCGCUUGGCGGAAGAGGACGGCUCUCCCGAGCGGCCCGGCGCCAGCGGCAAGCUUGCCACCGACGGCGAGCUGGACACCGGCGGCGCGCCAGACCCUGGUCUGGCCCCAGUGCACAAGGGCGUGCCUGGCCGAGGCGCUGCCGCUCUGGUGCCCCCAUCCUGCGAGCCAGUGCUGCAGGGCACGAAAUGCACUCUCUGA